GAAGGAGGAUUGGGUGAUAGUUUUUCAUUGGAUGACUAACAUCUGUAAUCAAUACUAACGGUGAAAGUAGCACAAAUAAUCUAAAAAUGCACGGCCGGCUAAAGGUUCGUAGCAGCGCCGAGGAGGCUGCACGUAAGCGAAAAGAACAGGAACUGAAGGCACAAAAGUUUCGCUCAGGAAUGGGUCGAAUCCUGCUGAAGAAAGUUUCCGAUGAACUGGACGACGAGAUGAUGGAACUGACGGGACGGAUUCUGGCCGCCAAUCCGGACAUUGCCACUUUGUGGAAUCUGCGGAGACGGUGCAUUCAAAAAUUCGCCCUGGAAGAUACAGAUAAUCAAGCACUUUUUGACAAAGAUUUAAAUUUUACCGAGAUGUGUCUGCAAGUGAAUCCAAAAUCUUACUGCGCUUGGCACCAUCGCUGUUGGAUUUUGGAAAAUGGACCGUCUCCGAACUGGCUAAAGGAAGUCGAUUUAUGCACCAAAUAUCUUAAAUUGGACGAAAGAAACUUUCACUGCUGGGAUUAUCGACGGUACGUGGUGGGUAAAGCAAAUGUUCCCCCACAAAAAGAGCUGGACUUCUGUACGGAGAAAAUCCAGAAGAACUUUUCCAACUAUUCGUCGUGGCAUUAUCGAAGCAAGUUAUUGCCAGCUUUAUACCCGAACGUUAAGGAUCCUUCACUUCCUAUUAGUGAAGAGAAGCUACGUGAAGAACUAGAACUGGUUCUUACAGCGGCUUUUACCGAUCCGAGUGAUAGCAGCGCUUGGUUCUACCAGCGUUGGCUGCUCGGGUACUCCCAGCCGGAGCUAGAUCUGGCUGCAUUCCGGUUAGACACCGAGCACCGCGUAGCAGUCGUGACAUUUACGCGGCCGGUUAAUCUUAAGCUUAAGAAUGUGCGACUGUCCAUUGAUUUUACCACCGAAAUCGAUCAAAAUUCUGACUGGACACCAGCAACGGACGAUAACUACUGCGUAACGUGGACUUUGCGAAAUUUUGAAAUCAAACUAUCGGACCAGCCAUCAGCAAUAGUUUCGUUUGUCGAUGAAAAUGGAAAAACGUUUACUCUGCAAGCAAAAAAGAUAUCAAUUUGUUCGAUUCUAGGCAUUAACAAGCCUAAAUUUGGGCAUGAGUUUGGUGCUGCUGUACUGGAUGUUUUGAAGAAUCAGCUGGAUUCUUGCCAGCAGCUAUUGGAGUACGAGCCGGAGAGUAAAUGGACGUUACUCACGGCGGCGUUGCUUAUGAAAGCCAUUGAUCGGAGCGCACAUCAUUCGGAGAUAUUGGAGUAUCUUGAUAAGUUACAAACCGUUGAUCCCAUGAGAAAGGGUUACUACCGCGAUCUAAAAAGUCGUUGGAACAUCGAGCAUCGUUUGGAAGCAUGGUUCGAUCAGGUCGAAUCCGACGGGAAGGUAGAUCUUUCCGGGUUGAAAUUGGAACGACUGUGCUACGAACAAUAUUUGGCGGUCGCCGACGAAAUAGAUCUUUCGGUUAAUCAACUGUCGGAGUCUAGUUUCUGUAAAUUUGCUCACUUUGUGUUCUGCAAGCGUCUCUCGCUGGAGAAUUGUUUUGAGAAUGGUGAAAAAGCUGAGUCAGUAGUUAAGCAACUUUGCUGUGGUCUAAAGGACGUGACAGUUGCCGUUUAGUUUAAUGCAUUCCUGUUCAGAUGGUCUAUUCGUGCUUGCCGAGCUUUGCAUGCCUGCGAUUGCUAGAAAUAUUUCAGUAUAAGGAUGAAAUAAUGACUGUUGGAUGCAUCAUAAUCAAUUAUUAUUCAAUAAAUCAGCUUGCUGCCUUACUGGC